CUUUUGUGACUACGGAUACCAUUCAACUGCUUUCAUGAUCUCCACUUGUUCUUUCUGUACAACUGGACGCUGAGAAGGUUCUGCCCAGUCGUUGUUCAGCCCAGUGUCUGUACCUCCUCCUCAGCCCCUUUAACAGGGGAUAAAUAACUUUUCUGUGGAUUUGGACUUGAUCACCAGAUGGAUAAAUCGUGACUCAUCUGAUCAUUUUCUAACUUUAUACCAAGCAAUUCCUAAUUCAGCGGCAGACACAACUACAGUGCCAACACAAUGCAGAAGCAAGUGGAGGUCAGAAUGCAUGAGAGCCAUUUGGAACCCAUGGUGGAUCCUCCUGAACCUAUGUGUUGGGGAAUAUGCGAUAAAAUUAUGAAGAACAUGGUUCUUACCCUCACCAUCCUUGGUGUGUGCCUGGGCUCCAUAUCAGGAAUGCUGCUGCGGUACAUUUCGCCGCUCCCCCCUGAUGUUAUAAUGGUUAUUGCAUUCCCAGGAGACAUCCUGAUGAGAAUGUUGAAAAUGCUCAUCUUACCGCUAGUUGUUUCUAGCCUGGUUACAGGCCUGGCCGGUCUUGACGCCAAGUCCAGUGGUCGUUUGGGCACGAGGGCCAUGGUGUACUACAUGUCCACAACAGUCAUCGCUGCUAUGCUGGGAGUAAUCUUGGUGCUGGUCAUUCACCCAGGGAACCCUAAAUUAAAGGCUAACCUUGGUCAGGGAAAGAAGAACGAUGACGUUUCCAGCUUGGAUGCCUUCUUUGAUCUAAUUCGCAAUCUAUUCCCAGAAAACCUUGUGCAAGCCUGCUUCCAGCAGAUCCAGACGGUCAGCACAAAAACCCCGGUGCCCACCAACAGGACUAAAGCACCACCACAGUUCACGAUCAAAAAGACCCUUCAGUUCAAGAGUGGGAUGAAUGUCCUAGGUCUUAUUGGAUUUUUCAUCGCUUUUGGAAUUAGCAUGGGAAGAAUGGGAGAGAAGGCCAAACUCAUGUUGGAAUUCUUCAAUGUCCUCAACGAGAUUGUUAUGAGGCUUGUUGGCAUGAUCAUGUGGUAUUCACCAAUUGGUAUCGCAUGUCUCAUCUGUGGGAAGAUCAUCUCGAUUAAUGACCUGGAAGUGGUUGCUAGACAACUGGGAAUGUAUAUGGUCACAGUAAUAGUGGGCCUCCUCAUUCAUGGUGGCAUCUUUCUACCUUUAAUAUAUUUUGUCAUUGUUCGGCAAAAUCCCUUCACAUUCUUCAUGGGAAUCUUCCAGGCUUGGGUCACUGCGCUUGGAACUGCAUCCAGCGCUGGCACCCUCCCUGUCACUUUCCGAUGCCUGGAGGAGAACUUGGGCAUUGACAAGAGAGUGACACGAUUUGUGCUCCCUGUGGGUGCCACCAUCAACAUGGAUGGCACUGCGCUAUACGAGGCUGUGGCAGCCAUCUUCAUUGCCCAAAUGAAUGGCAUCCAUCUGGAUUGGGGACAAAUUAUUACUGUCAGUUUGACUGCCACUUUGGCCAGUGUGGGAGCUGCCAGCAUCCCCAGUGCUGGACUGGUAACAAUGCUUCUGAUCCUAACUGCUGUUGGGCUACCAACCCAAGAUAUUAGUCUAUUGGUAGCUGUCGACUGGCUGCUGGAUCGGUUCCGUACCUCUGUCAAUGUUGUUGGGGACUCGUAUGGAGCAGGAAUUGUGUACUACCUCUCCAAAGAUGAGCUUGACAUGUUUGAUGCCCAGCAGGCCCGAGUAGAUGAAUUUGAGAUGUCAAAAACACAAUCCUUCUAUGAAAACAACACCAACCAGUGUGUUUAUGCUACAAACCACAACUCCGUCCUGCUAGACGACUGCAAGGUAACCAUGGGCAGAAAUGGCAACGCUGCAGAUUUCUCUCUUGUUGAGGAGGAACCAUGGAAACGCGAGUAAAGUAGAUCAAGACCCUGCUCCGCCUUACCCUGAGUUCCACAAGCUUUUCUCUCUGCCGACAAAACAAACAAGAUAAAUCAAAAGUCAGAGUGAACUGAACUAGUACACAGCUCAGUAUGGGUCCGACAUUCUU